AUGGAUACGUUGAGUAAAAGUAUAAAAAAAAGAAAACGAAACCAAAAAUAUAUAACAUCGUUAUGUAACGAUGAAGAUGUAUAUUUAAUUGAUAAAAAAAAAAAAAAUAACAUAAAUAUAAAAAAUGAUGAGAAAAAUUCACUAAAAGAGAAAAAAAUGUAUACUGUAAACAAAGUAUAUUAUACUCGAAAUAGAUGUACAUCUUUAAAAAAUAAAAAUGUAGAUAACGAAAAAAAUAAAUUAAUUAAUUCUUUUAAAAAAAUAAAUUAUGAUUUGGAAAAAGGAAACAUAAAAAUAGAUGAAAUUCUUAAUGAAGAAAAGGGAAGAACAAUUUAUAAUGAAGUAAGCAAUAACAGCAAAAGUGACUUAUUUUUAAUUAGUAAUAAAAAUGAUUAUUCCAAUUCAGAAGCAAAAAUUAAGAUAAAAAAAUCAGAAAAAAACACAGAAAUUAAUUCAGAAAUUAAGAACCAAAUAAAAUCAGAAAGGAAUCAUGAAAUUAAUUUAGAAAUUGAGGAUCAAAUAAAAUUGAAAAAUAAUAAUGGAAUAGAUUUAGAAUAUAAUAAGUACAAAAACAUGGAAGAAAUACCAGUAAUAAAUGCAACAAUGGAAGAAUUAUCAAAUCCUAUUUUAUUUUUUGAAAAAUAUAAUUCCAUUGGAUUAAAAUAUGGAGCUAUGAAGGUAAAACCUCCCAAGUUUUUUAAACCUCAAUUUAAUUCAUAUUAUUUAAAUAUGAAAUUUAAUAUAAGAAGACAAAAAAUUAAUGAACUAAAAAGAGGAAGAGAAUUUGAUCAUCCAGAAGAAUAUUGGUCUUUAUAUGAGGUGUAUAAAUACAAUGAAAUUCUUGAAAAUUUAUAUUUUCCUAAUGAAAAAAAAAGCAUAGAAAAUAUUGAAAAAAAAUAUUGGCAAAUAAUUAAUAAUGAAAAAGAACAAGUAGUAUCUAUUUAUGGUGCCGAUUUGCCAGUAUCCAAAAAUCAUCCUACGUGCAUUUUUCAGAACAAUCUUAAACAGAACUUUUGCAAUGAUAAACCCAUUGAAAACAAUACAAAUACAAAAAUUCCUAAUAAUGAAUAUAAAGAAGAAAUUAAUAAUGAUAUUAAAUACAACACUUCAUAUAAUAAAUGUGAUAUAAAUAAUAAAAGUUCCUUAUCUUUUUAUAAUAUAAUUAACAACAAAUUAUCUAACAGAGAACAAAAUAAGAUAGUAGAAGUAAUAAACCUUUCUGAUGAUGAUAAUACAAUAAAAAUAGAAAACAAAGUUGACAAAAAUGAGAAUAUAAAAAAUGUGAAAAACACUUUGAGAAAUAAAAAAGAUCUUGAAAAUUCAAUAAAUAAAAAAGAAAAUUCUUUAUUAAAGCAAAGAGAAAAAUAUUUUACUGAAAUAAAUAAAAUAAUUAAAGGGAUUAAUGAAAAUUUGAAUAUAAAGUCAUUACCUUUUAUAAAAGGAUCCAUGCUUAGAAAUAUAGAUAUUUUAAUUGAGGGAGUAAAUAUACCAUGGUUAUAUAUUGGAACACUUUUUUCUUCAUUUUGUUGGCACACAGAAGAUAAUUAUUUUGCUUCUAUAAAUUAUCAACACUGGGGGAAACCUAAAAUUUGGUAUGUAAUACCCCCUCUUUAUAGUGAUAAAGUAGAAGAUAUUAUAUAUGAAUACUUAAAAAAAAAUAGUAGAAGAAAAAAAAAAGGAAAAAAUAGAAAUAAAGAAAAUAAUAAAUACUAUCUCCAUAGUGAUAACGAAAAUAUAAAUGAGGAAAAAAAAAAAUUAAAUGAAAAUAAUUUUAAAAAUUAUAAGAACGGAAUAACAAAUAUUAAUGUUCAUGAAAGUUAUGAAAAUAAUGCCAUGUUGCAAAAUGAUUAUAAUUUUCUUGAUGUUGACUUAAAUGAUGUUGAAUUAUUAUAUAGAAAAUCUUAUUUAAAUUAUAAGAUGGUUGAUAAAAAGAAAAUUAAUUUUAAAAAAGAAAAUUCAAAACAUAAAAUAUAUAAGUUAACCAUACAAGUACCAAUAGAUAUUUUUUUAAAAAAUAAUAUUCCUGUAUAUAAAAAUAUUCAAAGAAAAAAUGAGUUCAUAUUUUUAUGGCCAAAAACUUUUCAUGGUGGUUUCAACUCUGGUUAUAAUUGUAAUGAAGCAUGUAAUAUUGCACCUACAUUUUGGUUAUUUUACGGAUUACAGUCAUAUUAUAAUUAUAAAUAUUUUAGGAAUACAUGCAUUUCUAUACAUUUUAUUUUAUUCUCUAAUUUAUUACAUUAUCACGAAUAUACCUUUAGUCAAUUAAAACAUAUAAUAUAUUCAUUGCGGUAUAUACUAACAGAUGAAUAUAAAUUUUUUAAUGAAAAUAAAUCAUUAUUUAUCGAUUUUACAUUAAAUCGUGAUGCCCUUUUAAACACCAAAAUAAUGAAUUACUCAAAUCAUUUAUCAUUAGACUUAAAAAAAAUGUAUACUCAUUUUGAAUGCCAUAAAAAUAAACAUUUUUUUUUUCAAAAUCUAAAGAGUAAAUUAGAAUUUUUUUACAAAGAUUGUGAUGCUUGUAAUUCACCUACUUUUAAUAGUGCAAUUAUAUGUCCUCAUUCAAAUGAUAUUUUAUGUAUUCAUUGUUCUGAUGAGCAUAGUUGUAACUGCAAAUUUAGAGUUACUUUAAAAAGAUAUACACUUCUAGAAAUGAUGAAAAUUUUAACAUUUCUUAUACAUUACGCUAAUAAAAUAAAAGCUAGCAAUGAAAAAGAAAUACAAUUCAAUGAUAUACCAGAUUACAACUCUUUGAAAAUUUUUGAAGACAAAAAUUCCAUUAAGUUAUAUAGUUUAAUUCGUGAAACAAAAAAUGCAGAUAUAGAAAAAAGGACUAAAUCAACUUAUUAUAUUGAUUUAGAAAAUUACUGUUUAGAAAAAAUAAAAAAUAUAGAAGAAAAAAACAAAAAGAAAAAAUAUGAAAAUGAUAAUUUUAUUAUAGAAGAUUAUUAUACAAGUUCAAAUCAUUUUAAAACAAAAUUAACUUUGAAAUAUUUCUUUUUAACAUAUGAAGAAGAAAUGGAAGACAAUCCUAUUAAAAUUUUACCAAAAAUUAUUGCAUAA